CUAAUGCUGGACCCGGGUUCCUGUGCGCCGGGAGACAGGGUACAGAUCUGCCUUGAGCCCCUCGAAACCAGGACUACGGCACCUCUGGUCCUGCUCUCACCCGGACCCCUGACCCUCACGUCUCCUCCAGGGAUGGCGCUGGCGGCUUUGAUGAUCGCCCUCGAUUGCCUCGGCCUCCACACCUGGCAGGCCCAGGCUGUUCCCAUCCUGCCCCUGGGCCUGGCUCCAGACACCUUUGACGAUGCCUAUAUGGGUUGUGCAGAGGAGAUGGAGGAGAAGGCAGCCCCCCUGCUAAAGGAGGAAAUGGCCCACCAUGCCCUGCUGCGGGAAUCCUGGGAGGCAGCCCAGGAGGCCUGGGAGGACAGGCGUCGAGGGCUCACCUUGCCCCCUGGCUUCAAAGCCCAGAAUGGAAUAGCCAUUAUGGUCUACACCAACUCAUCGAAUACCUUGUACUGGGAGUUGAAUCAGGCUGUGCGGACGGGCGGAGGCUCCCGGGAGUUCUACAUGAGGCACUUUCCCUUCAAGGCCCUGCAUUUCUACCUGAUCCGGGCCCUGCAGCUGCUGCGAGGCAGUGGGGGCUGCAGCAGGGGACCUGGGGAGGUGGUGUUCCGAGGUGUGGGCAGCCUUCGCUUUGAACCCAAGAGGCUGGGGGACCCUGUCCGCUUAGGCCAGUUUGCCUCCAGCUCCCUGGAUAAGGCAGUGGCCCACAGAUUUGGUAAUGCCACCCUCUUCUCUCUAACGACUUGCUUUGGGGCCCCUAUACAGGCCUUCUCUGUCUUUCCCAAGGAGCGCGAGGUGCUGAUUCCUCCCCAUGAAGUCUUUUUGGUUACCACAUUCUCUCAGGAUGGAGCCCAGAGCCUGGUGACUCUCUGGAGCUAUAAUCAGACCUGUAGCCACUUUAACUGCGCCUAUCUGGGUGGGGAGAAGAGGCGGGGCUGUGUGUCUGCGCCAGGAGCCCUGGGAACGGGUGACCUUUAUAUGAAGAAGAGGCGCCUCCAGCAGCCUUGAGAAGCAAGAACAUGGUUCGGGACCCAGCCCUAGCAGCCUUCUCCCCAACCAGGAUGUUGGCCUGGGAAGGCCACAGCAGGGCUGAGGGAACUCUGCUAUGUGGUGGGGACUUCCUAGGACAAGCAAGGGAAGUACUGAGGCAGCCACUUGAUUGAACGGUGUUGCAGUGUGGAGACAUGGAAUUUUAUUGAGGUAGCCACGUGAUUAAAUGGUAUUGCAGUGUGGAGACAUG